AUGAAAACCAUACUCCAUUCAUACAGUUUCUGUUUGCUGUCAAUCUUUAAAAUCGCCUUAGCAGUGGAUACAAUAACAUCCGGUCAAAUUCCAAAAGACGGAAAUACCCUCCUCUCCUCCGGAGGCAAUUUCGAGCUUGGCUUCUUCAGCCUGGCCAGAAGCUCGAGAAACAGUUGUUUAGAAGUCUACCUCUCGUGGUGGAAAACUCCGACGACCCAUCGCCCGGAGACUUCACCUACUGAUGUAAGCGGGCAUGGAGAACUCAACAAUGUAAAUAGUCAUUACGAUCAAAUUCACGACAAGGACUUCGAGUUACCUUUGUUUGAUUUAUGCACACUAGUUGAAGCUACCGAUAAUUUUUCGAUCACCAAUAAGCUUGGAGAGGCAAACGAGCAAGAAAUUGCUGUUAAACGGCUAUCAAGAACUUCUCAUCAAGGAGUGGACGAGUUCAAGAAUGAAGUCGUGUGUAUUGCCAAACUCCAACAUCGAAAUCUAGUGAAGCUUUUGGGCUACUGCACUCAAGCCGAAGAAAACAUGUUGGUCUACGAAUACAUGACAAACAAAAGCCUUGACUUGAUUUUGUUCGAUCCAUCAGAAAGCACGUUAUUUGAUUGGCCUAUACGCCUCAAUAUUAUCAACGGCAUUGCUCGUGGCCUAAUGUACCUUCAUCAAGACUCGCGUUUACGAAUCAUACAUAGAGACCUCAAGGCUAGCAACAUAUUACUAGACUUUGAAAUGAACCCAAAGAUAUCGGAUUGGCUAGAGCUUUUGGAGGGAACGAGACCGGAGCCAACACGAGCCGAUGGGUAUAUGUCCCCAGAAUACGCGAUCGACGGUCUCUUCUCUGUGAAAUCGGACGUCUUUAGCUUCGGCGUUUUGGUGCUCGAGAUUGUAAGUGGCCAGAGAAACAGAGGAUUUUCUCAUGCAGAUCACAAUCUCAACCUUCUUGGACAUGCAUGGAUGCUAUACAAGGAAGGAAAGUCAUCGGAACUUGUAGAUUUUAACAUGGGAAACACAUUUGUCCUAGUGAUGGCCAACGAAGGCGUUUUGCUGCCAGCUAAGCAGCCGGUGUUUUUCACCGAGCGGGAAGAGCAGGAAAUGGUUUCGAAUGCCGAGACCUCUGCAAGUUCGAACGCAACAUAUUCGGCAAAUGAAAUGAGCAUUACACUUCUGGCGCCAAGAUGA